AUGUAUUUCUAUUUGUAUACAUCUGAUCCAUCUGGAAGUAUUUACGUUAGAUGGGGAAGAAAAGACUGCCCAACAAAUCCAACCGAAAUGGUUUACUCUGUAUUCGGAAUGGAGUACGAAACCAAUGAUUUUGGUAGUAACCUACAAGAUAAAGAUGUACCAUGCGCAGUAUGUCGUGUAAGCCAUGCGUCUACAGUAUUAAUGAUUCCCGGUAAAUCACAUUGUUACUCUGGCUGGAAAACCGAAUAUAGUGGAAAUCUAAUGUCUGGACAUCAUGGUCAUGCUGGUGCGUCUCAGUAUGUAUGUGUUGAUAGUAGUCCAGACGUAUUGGAGGCUGGUUCACGCGAUGAUAAUGGAUACCUUUUGUAUGGAGUCAAGGCGUACUGUGGAUCGCUCAAAUGUCCUCCCUAUGUACAAGACACCCUGUUCAAAUGUGUGGUUUGUUCGAAGUAG